CAGAUCGGUGAAAACAUGACUGCCACAACCUUCAGUAACAACGUGGAAAAACUCUCAAGCGCCAAAGAAGAGCGCAAGUUAAGGAAACCUCUUAUCGAAAGAAAACGCCGAGAACGGAUCAACAACUGUCUCGACCAACUGAAAGAAACGGUCGUCAGCGCCUUUCGCCUCGAUCAAUCGAAACUGGAAAAAGCAGAUAUCCUCGAGAUGACAGUGAAACACCUUCAGAACGUUCAGAACAGCAGGAUGAUGGGUGAGUUUCGCUUCACUGAUACUAAAAUUGGACUCGAGGCUCAGCAGCGAUAUAGUGCUGGCUACAUCCAGUGUAUGCAUGAAGUACACAACCUGCUAUUGACGUGCGAUUGGAUGGACAAAACUGUAGGGGCGCGCUUGUUGAACCACUUGCUCAAGUCGCUGCCUCGAUCCAGCGAAGAUUCACGCCAGUCCGGUCUGAAGACACAAGCCUUUAAUCCGCAAACCACAAAGAGUCAGCUCCCUUCAGCGACCCAGGGGAACCUUCCUCCGGCUCAUGCCGCACCCUCGGGAGCUGCGGAUCCGUCUCCUCGCUCAUCUCCCGACCGACUCUGCAGUCCUGGGUUUAAAGUGUGCGGCAAGAGUGUUGACCCAUUUCCAAAUGCUCCUGCAAACCUGCACCUCCUGGCCAGCUCUUCUACUCAGCAGCUACAAGAAGAUUUGGCCUUAAUGCACAAUUCGCCGAUUGCAUUUUCAGGCGUGUGGAGACCCUGGUGAAGACUUUGUGCAGCUUUAUUAAAGAUUAGACUUUCCUUAUGUAUCUCAUAGAUAUGCUUUUCGAAACACUGCUGGGCAAAAAAAUGUCCCU